AAACAUAUCAGUUCUUCUAUAAUUGAUUCUAAUCAUGAUUAUUUUGAUUGAUGAUGAGGGAAGAUUAGUACUUAAAAAAUCCAUUUGUGGGACCUAAAAACAGUGUAAGCACUAAACAUAAAAAGGCCAAAGGAACUUCUGACAGAUAAUAUACCAUUAUCGAUUUGGGUGACGCACACAGAUACUUCUUUACUCCACAUCAUUAGCUACAUCCGCAGCCGGUGGCCGGUUUUUCUGUUUGGCGGAGGAGUUGUGGUGGCGCGUGGUCCAAUUUCCCCUCAGAUUCAAACGGCUACAAAGUCUCUCUGCCCCCCGAAAAUUCUCCACCUACUUUACCGCAUCUCAUUACCCAGGGUUUUCUUUUUAAUCCCCCAUCUUAUCGCUUCAUCUUCAUCAGUGCAACGAUUCCCAAUUGUGAAAAAGGGUUGUUUAAAGCCACCUGGACCACUUUUAGAAUUCUAUGCCCUGAGCUGACAGAAACUCCCCAAAUUUAUUGCUUCUCAUUGAAAAAUGCCAUGUGAAGAGAUACUGAAGGCUGUCUUCCCAUUUCUGGAAGGUGCUGACCUGGCUAAAUGUAUGGUGGUGUCUAAGCAAUGGCGUGAUAUUGCUCAAGAUGAUUAUUUCUGGAAAUGUCUUUGUGCAAAGAGAUGGCCAUCAAUAUGUAAGCGGCCGCAGCCACCCACUGUAACUUUCCACCAUCUGUUUCGUACCUUUUACAAGCGUCAACAUCGCAGGCCACUUCUGCCUCCUAGGAUGUCUUUGAAUGACUUGGAAUUUUAUGUUGACAUAUGGUCUGACGAAAGUUUAAUAUUCUCAGAGGUUGUUCCUGGGCCUACUCUCCAGAAUGGGUUCUGGAUCCCUCCUCCCGGUGUUUGUGAUGCACUAAGGUUUCAUUUGGAGGGACCAGAAUACAAGAUGAUUCUGCCUGUUGAACCAAGGUUUACCAUUCCACUGUCUCACUCAGUUACUGUAUCUGUGCUUGUAGUAAGGAAGGAUUCCAACAAGGUGGCAUGUUUAAUUGACAAAUCUGUAUUUGAUUAUAUAGACCGCACAGCCUAUCGUGCUUUAGCAUUUGACUACCUUGAUUUCUCUCCUAGCUACCCUUUUGUUUCUGAGAUUAGGGCAUGGAUAUCUUUGCUAUUUCUGGAUAAUGGUAGUAAUGAAGGCGUCAUUGAUGUUUUUGGUAUUGAAUUGGAUUUCUGUGACGCUGCCAACUCAGAGAAGGAGGUUCUCUGGCUACUCGACAUGCUUGACUGGAAGUGAGGGUUGGAAGGUGUUGAGCUCUCCACAUAUUGCUGGAGAUGGACAUGCUUAACCUGAUUGUGUUGUUUCUCUUUCGUUAAGAAGAUUGUACAGUACCCUGCAAUGGGAAACAAUAAUUCUGGAUUGAUUCGUUCUAAGUUUAGAUGCCAAUAAAAGCUAUGAAGGAGGGUGCGGGGAAGAUAAUCUUGCUUAUUAAUUGUGUAACAGCAAUUCCACGCGGCUCUGUUAUUAGCUUUGUAGAUUAGGGCAGUUGAAUGCAUUACCACCUUGUACUGAUUGUUGCUUGUUUAUUUUCGCAACUCGUAUUUAUUAAGUAAUAGAUUUGUUACGUAAAGCCUUUCCUUGAAGUAAUCACUAGUCCAUUUUCAUUGUCCUGUUCUAUGAACGUAUUAGACAUUCACAGCUGAAUUCUACUGUUUUGAUACCUAUGAAACCCAACAAAUAAUCAUUCCCAGGUCGCAACCCUAACUUAUGAUAUUAAUUUGUGUUCUGCAGUUUCUUCUGGUAUUCAAGUUGGACACACUAGUCAAAAGCAGCUUGUUUAUCACUUUCACUUGACGGCAGCUUCCGCAUUUUGCCACAUUUUUUUUUAUACAAAGACAAAAGUAUGUAUAUUUAUGAUCCUAUAACAAGAUUAGAUAUGUCAUUGCAUCUGCCCUCGACCAUUGAUUGUAUUUGUACCGCAAAAGAAAAAGAG